CAUGUCAUAUCACCAUUUUCCAGAGGACCACACUUCUGUCGAGUGAGAAGGACAUCUUACACCAUGGAUGAAUUCUGCCUCCUCUAUCUACUCCUGAUCCUCUUGAUGAGAUCUGGUGACGUUGAAACCAAUCCAGGUCCUAACACUGCAGUAAGUACUGUCAGUGAAAUGGAGUUCCUGAAGCUGGCCCAGGACAUCGCUCCAUCUUACUACAACGCUGUAGGGAUAUCUCUAGGCUUCUCCUAUGCUCAACUACAGACAAUCCUGGUUGAGAAUUUGAAGAACUACACCAAUGCGUUACUAGAUGUGUUUAUGAAAUGGAAUGUCGAGCAGCAAGCACACUCAAACAAACGACAGGUUUUGGCAAACAAACUACGAGAGAUUAAGUUGGGUGGCCUGUCAGACGGAUUACUCAAUGGACCUCCAAUUCCAAACAGCACAGGAGGGCCAUCAAGACUGUCAGAAUCACAGACCAAACCUCCUUCAGCUGAAUUUCAGACCAAACAACUUUCUCCUGAACUGGUUAAGCGGUGUGCAAAUGAUUUCAAGUUCAAGUACAGGUCAACUCUCUGUAAGAUCAGAACUGAUCCUCUCGAUCCUGCUUCCACUGUGCAGUUUAAAGACAUGUAUACUAAUCUCUUCUUACAAGAAGAACAUCGGAAGGAGAAGCGAAAGCUAGAUUACAAUGAUAUCCUAGAUCUCAAAGUCAAUGGAGAGUUUCCCAAGCGGAUCAUGGUUCAGGGAGAGGCAGGGGCUGGAAAAACUACAUUUUGUGCUAAGAUUGCCUGGGACUGGAUGGAAGGGGAGUAUUUCAGUGACUUUGUGUGGGUCUUGAUUGUUCCUCUACGUGAAUUUAAGCAACAUACUAUUGGUAAGAUUGCAAAGUCUUAUCUGGACAAAAAUAAUCCAGCAACGGUUUCACAGAUCACUGAGUAUAUCCGGUCAAAUCCUGACAAGGUAUUCAUUGCAUUCGAUGGGCUAGACGAAGUCAGGGGCAAAAUCAUGAAGACAGAAUCUUGUGAAUCACAGCCUACUGAUCAAAUGCAACUUCAGCCAUCACAGCCAAGUGUCACCUCCUCAGAGGCAUGUGGAAGCUUAUCUGAGACUGGUGAUAUUGCACUUGUAGAUAUUCUUUGUUCAAAACAACUUGCCUCUUGCCCAGUCUUGGUGACCACUCGCCCAUGGAGAGCAGUAGAGGUUAGAUCAGAUGGUGAUCUAAUGAAGCUCUACACAUUCAUUCAUGUUGAGGGUUUCAACAGAGAGAAUUUGCCAGUUUACAUUCACAAAUACUUUCCAAACAAUGAUGAUAAAGCAAAUCAGCUUAUCCAGUUCACCAGUGAGAAUGGUGUCAUAUCUGAAUACAUGGCCCAUUAUCCUAUAUAUGUAGCCAUGCUGUGUCUUAUGUGGAAAGAACUCAGCGAGCAAAGACUAAAGGAAAUGAAAUCACUGAAAACUUUUUCUCAGAUAUUCAAAGUAAUGAUUGCCUUUCUAAAAGAACAUUAUGCUCAGAAAAUGGUAAAGAAAGUAGGCAGCCCCUCAUUUCUUGCCUAUUUGAAACAAAUCGAUGAGCUCCUUGGACCGAUUGCUAAACAGGCCCUCAAUGGUCUGCUAGAAAAUACCUUGACUUUCAGUGAAGAUGAUUUCAAAAUAUGCCCAGAAUCCAAAGACACUGCCUGUCGGGUAGGGAUUUUGUCUCAGGAGGACAGAAUUACCACUAGCAUGGACAUCCAUGAACAUGGGAGGAAUCCUCAUGUGCAAUUGCCAGUCUUCUUCCCUCACAAACUGUUUCAGGAGUAUAUGGCUGGAGUCCAUCUUGCUUCACUAUAUGAAUCAGAUCAUCAUGAAGAUCGUAAUGAAUUCAACAGGCUGAUUGAGCAAGUUGUGCUGCCAAGGAUGGAGGAGUUUAGGUAUCUCCUGUACUUCACUGUGUCACAGAACAAAAGUAUUGCAACCCAUGUAAUGAACUCUAUGCUUCAGGGAGUAUACAGGCAUUCGGACAGAGAGUUAUCUUUCAUUGUUGAUGUAGCCUUUGAGAGUCAGGACCCAGCUGUAGCAGCCUUGGUGAAGAACAGGUUUUCAUCAGAGAAGAUUGAGCUGACCAUAGACACAAGCAUGACAGCACACACUGUAGCUGGUUAUGCAUUCAUUGGAGCAUAUGUGGCUGAAGUCAAUAUUCAUGGAGAUUGUGGACCUACUAUGUCACUUGAUGUGGCAGAGAUGAUGUGCUCCAUGCCAUCCUUGAAGAAAGUUACUCUAUGGUCUAUAGGAUUCUAUGAUCGUUUUUUUGAAACACUUGCAAGGAAAGGAAAAGAAUCAAAGGUGAGCAGUUCAACCACAAUUGUGAUGUAUGAUAUGUGUGAUUGUUUAAUUUAAUUUCACCUCAUUACAAUUUCUUCCCUUUUCUAAUCUACAUUUUACUUUGCCUUAAUUUUUUAAAAUGUCUCAUAUCGGUCGUAUAAUUAUGCUGGUUCUUUUGACAGAAGGAUAUAUCAAUGGUCUUUUCACUAAGGCAGCAGCAGUGUUAACAAAAGCAUUUAAGUGUGCAUACUAACCGUUGAAACCUAUGUAAACAGUCGUGUGCUUAUAAUAAAUAAUAAUCUAUAGAGUAAUAGUGUAAGGAUUUUGGGGCUUUGGACGCCUUCGGUUUUUUCCCUGCCAGCACCUGGAACGCUCCGGGGGGAACGUGCAGCCAGGGUGCUGGAGCCGAUCGAGCCUCACCGGAUACGCAGUAUGCCAAAGCCAGCUGCUCGGCUGGGUACAGACGGUCCAAUGUUGCUGCACAUGCUCGCAAAUACCACCCGUCCAGCAUCAGUGAUUUUCCAGUGAUCAAGGAACAAACGUAGCGUUGUACAGGGCGUCCGUAUUUCUUCCUCAGAAAUCAGGGGGUUCUACAGUGGGAGGAACACAAGACCUAGACCUCUAAAAACGUAAAUGAUGAUCUUAGACAGUUCUUUAUGCAAUUCAGAUCUUUCAAAACACAGAAAGGACAGGGAAGAAGAAAAAGGAGUAGCUUGAAUGUUCGUUUAACAGAACAGUCUUCAUGAAAGAGAGUUGAACAAAUGUAGCUUUGUACCAGGCGUCCGUAUUUCUUCCCCAGAAAUCAGUGGGUUCUGCAGGGGAAGGAACUUUAGACUUAAACUUCUAAAAAUGUAAAUGAUGAUCUUAGACAGUUCUUCAUGCAAUUAAGAUCUUUCAUAACACCGAAAAAAGGACACAGAAGAAGAAAAACAAAACGUUUAAAUGCCUGUUAAACAGAACAGUCUGUACGGAAGAAAAAAUGUUGGCAAGCACAGGGUUCUCAGGUAUACAGCAUGCGUCUUAUUUUUUCGUAUCAUAGCGAGCCCAGAUUGAGCUACGCGUUCUCUUUCUUCAAAACAUUUUCGGGUAAGUUAGCAUCGACUACUAUGCUUUGCUGCAGUGGGUAAUUACCUUAGGCAUAAUUCUUUUAUUAUCCCCUCGCUGAAGUCGGAGGGGAUAUAGAAACGCUGCUGUCCGUCCUUCCGUUCGUAACAAAUUUGGUUUCCUUCCUUCCGUUCUU